CCAUUAGCAGAAUUAUAGAAAAGAAAAAUGAAUAAAACGUCGUUCACUGAAAUUCAAGCGCUAGCUAGCUGCCACUGAGCACCAAUCAAUCAUUAAUAAACUCUCUGCCUCCUUUACAGACCCCCACCCAACUGACUCUCUCUAUAUAUAAACAUUCCCUUCUUCCUCAUUCUCUCAACAAUAACAUAACAACCUUCUUUCAUUUCAUUCGCAUUUGCAUUUCCAUCUGAAUUUCAAUUUCAUUUCAUGGAAGCUCCAAAACAAGAAACGGUUACAGCACCGGCACGGGCACCGGCACCGGCACCAUUACCAAAACCACCUAUGGUGGUGAUGCUACCAUCCCCAGGCAUGGGACAUCUCAUCCCGAUGAUUGAAUUCGCCAAACGAAUCUCUCUUCAUCAAAACCUUGAAAUCAUCUUCCUCAUCCCUACCGAAGGUCCACCUUCAAAAGCACAAAUCACAGUUCUUCAAUCUCUUCCGAAUUCCAUUUCACAUACUUUCCUUCCACCGGUUUCGUUCACUGAUCUUCCACCAAACACCAAGAUUGAAACAUACAUCUCCCUCGCUGUCCUCCGUUCUCUUCCUUCUCUUCGUGAAACCUUUCAUUCACUCUCCGUUUCUCAUACUAUCACCGCCGUUCUCGUCGAUCUUUUCGGCACCGACGCUUUCGACGUCGCCGACGAAUUCAACGUCCCUAAAUAUAUUUUCUUCCCUUCAACCACCAUGUCUCUUUCUCUUUUUCUUUAUCUUCCACGGUUAGACCAAGAGGUUCACAGCGAGUAUAGAGAACUCACUGAACCUUUAAAAAUCCCCGGUUGUAUUCCGGUUCACGGUAAAGAUUUACUAGACCCGCUUCAGGAUCGGAAAAACGACGCUUACAGAAGUGUUCUUCGUAACGCGAAAAGAUACAUCGAAGCAGAUGGGAUUAUUGAAAACAGUUUUCUUGAGCUCGAACCGGGUCCUAUCAAGGAGUUACAAAAAGAAGAACCGGGGAAAGUGAAACCAGUUCUUUACCCGGUUGGACCGUUAGUUAAUAGAGAAGUCGCUCAAACCGGUCCAAACGGUUCAGAGUGUUUAAAGUGGUUAGAUAAUCAGCCACACGGGAGUGUUUUAUUUGUGUCUUUUGGAAGUGGUGGGACCCUCUCGAGUAAUCAGAUAACUGAGUUAGCAAUUGGUUUAGAAAAGAGCGAGCAACGGUUUUUAUGGGUAGUUAGAAGCCCAAAUGAUAAAGUUGCAAAUGCUUCUUAUUUCAGUGCUGAAACAGAUUCUGAUCCUUUUGAUUUUCUACCAAAGGGUUUUCUAGAAAGAACUAAAGGGAGAGGUUUAGUUGUUUCAUCAUGGGCCCCACAGCCACAGGUUUUGGCUCAUGGGUCAACCGGUGGGUUUUUGACUCAUUGUGGUUGGAAUUCUAUUCUUGAGAGUGUUGUGAAUGGGGUGCCUUUGGUUGUUUGGCCACUCUACGCUGAACAAAAAAUGAAUGCUGUUAUAUUAACCGAGGAUGUUAAGGUUGGGUUGAGACCAAUUGUUAAUGAGAAUGGUUUGGUUGAGAGACAAGAAAUUGCUAGUGUUGUCAAGUGUUUGAUGGAAGGUGAAGAAGGGAAGAAGCUUCGUUAUAAAAUGAAGGAUCUUAAAGAGGCUGCUGCAAAAACUGUGGGUGAAAAUGGAACUUCCACAAAAAUCAUCUCUAAGUUGGCUCUCAAAUGGAGCAAUGGCAACAACAUUUCCACUUUGACAAAUUAAAUUAUUAAGUAUUAGUACUAGCUUGUAUUGUUCAAUAUUAGUUGCAAUAAGAACAUCUUGUUUGUACUAUUUUCUUCUUAAUUUAUGUACAUUAAUAAAAUUGUCAAAAUAUUAGAUGAA